UCGAAUAAAAAUACAAAAAAUCUUUGUAUUGCAAUAUUUCACAUAGACUAACCGAAAAUUCAAAAAAGUGUUUUAAUAGUCGACGAUUUUAUCAUUAUUCAGUUUUUUUUUGUGAUUUUUAUUCGAAAAUCGAUUUUUUGGGAAGAAAAAUAAAGAAAAAAAUAAUUUUAUAAAAAAAUACAUAAGAAAAAUGAUAAAUCAGCCUUGCAUUCAAGUUUGUCUUGAAUUUGGCGAUGAGCCGAUAGAGAUACCGAUCGAAAAGGACAAUACUGUCCUGUUAACAACUCUAACAUCAGCUUUCGCUAGAUCGGAAGUCACUGUAGGACUCAAGUUCCGAAAUCCCAUUAACAACUGCUUGCGCGCUGUGAAAAUUGAAGAUGGCAAGUUCCAUCCACCAGGCUUGGAAAAUGACGGGUGGGGAGCCAAUCAAAUGCAAUAUCUGUGUGUAUUUCCAAAGAACACGGAUGACAGUGCAUCACAGCCGCAAAAGUCUCAGCAAACAAUCACAACCGGAGCUCAACCAAAAACUGUCGAUCUCAUAGUCUUGAACUUGUCGCCAAAUACAACUGAAGCAGAAUUGCGAGAGUAUUUUGAGACAAACUUUGGAUCAUUAUUGAUGGUUGAAUUGAAACGUGAUCGGAAGACAGGAAAUUCCCGGCGUUUUGCAUUCAUUCGAUUUAAGGAUUACAAGGAACAAAUGCGUGCAUUGGGUGCCCAAAAGCAUAAAAUUGAUGGACAUCAGGCAAAACUAGCAUUGCCUGAUUUUCGUGACCCGUCUGAACUCUAUCAAGAAAAUAAAUGCUUUAUCGGGCGUGUCAAUGAGGCAAUUAAGGCAGCUGAUCUUCGAGAAUUCUUUUCUCAAUUUGGAGAUAUUGUUGAGAUCUCAUUUCCGAAAAAAUUCAAGGGAUAUGCAUUCAUUACGUUCGCCGAUCCCGAUGUCGCACGAAGGGUUUGUGGUCAAGACUUUAUCGUUAAAGGCUACUCCUUGUGCGUUUCUAAGUCAACUCACGGACAAAAUAAAAAUCAACAGCCACAAAGUCAAGGGCAACAAAACUAUCAAGAUUUCUCAAAUGACUGGAGCAAUGGAUGGUUCCAGCCAAAUCAACGACAAGAUUCAUCUUGGAUUCCUGGAACAAAAUAUGUUACAGCUCCGUUGAAUCCAGUCAAUCAUUAUGGUAACUCCUAUAUGACACCAAACGUUAAUCAAUUAAAUCCAAUGGUUAAUGCACUGUCCAUUGCCAUGAGCAACAUGAUGAAGAAUCAAGGCGGAAUUAAUAAUCAGUACCGCAUGAAUAAGCAAGGUGGAAAUUGGACUCAACAGCAGAAACCAAACCCUGAUAAUAAGAAUAAGAAGAAAAAGAAGUCCAAAAAUGCUAAGAAAACAAAGGACGAAUUGUCUAAAAGAUUAGAUAAUUUAAAAACAUCGGACGGAAAUGAGGAGGGUGAAGAUGAAGGAGAUGACGACGAUAAAAUCGAUGACGAUGAAGCUGCAUUGGCUGACAGCGAAGAAGAUUUGGAAGAAGCAUUGAAACAAAAAUGAAUAUUAUAAUAAUAAUAAUUGAUAUAACUAAUGAUUAUUAUUGUAAGAGGAUGGAAUACAAGUAGAAUUACAACCAUACUAAAUAAUUAUAAUAAUAUUUGUAACCAUAAUUGCACGAGAAUGAAAAUCACAAAUAUUGUAUUCGAAGUUUUCUUAUUUUUUCAAUUAAACUUCUCCAGUUUUUUGGUCUGAAUUUGUAUUUUUAUCAUUUUUUAUCUUCAUAUAUAUAAUUUAUUUUAAAAUUUAUAACUCUAUGGCAUAUUUGCAAAAACAAAAAAAAUUUAAUGGAAUAUAACAUUCAAAGAAUUUACAAUUCAUGUUUUAUUGUUCAGUGAUUUAUUAGAAUCGGUUCCGCUUUAACCGAAAAUGUAGAACUUUUAGUUUUAAAACAUACUUUUUUUGUCAGAACCUUGCAAUUUCGUAUAAAUUUUGAUUUUAUAAAUCUAAUAAAAAAAAAACAUUUUGUAAAUUUGUAUCGUCUUGCCCGAAAUAGAAUAAAAGUUUGUGGAAUUGUAUGGUUUUCUUCUAAAUAGUAAAAUAACUGGUCUUUGACUAUUCAUUAAGUUAAUUGAUUUUUUAAAAACAUUUGAAGUGUUCUGAGUGUUUAAUUUGAAUCAUUUGUAUGGUUUUGUUCCACAAUCA